UCAACAAAGAAAAUCCGGCAGAUUCUGCAAUGAAAUCUGUCAGGAUCUUGCUUUCCAAACUGUCAGAUUUCCUAGGAGGAUUUUGUAUCUCCUUGAAUAUGAUGUCCACCCUAUUAAAAUGUGACAUCCUCUCUCAUUCAUCUUUAUCUUCAUAACACUCUUCUAUUUCCCUUCCCUUAUUAUCCUCAAACAUUCUUAACUUCUUUUUUGUCUUGUACUUUCAAAAUUUACUGUCCAAAUUAUGGCACAGUUUCAUGUUUUGGCUGUUGAUGACAGUGUUAUUGACAGAAUGUUGAUUGAAAGGCUUCUCAAAACCUCUUCAUUUCAUGUUACUGUGGUUGAUUCUGGAACUAAGGCUUUGAAGUUUCUUGGUUUGGUUGAAGAUGAGGUGAGGAAUGAAAAGCCUCAUUCUAUUGCUGCAGAAACAGAUCAGGUUGUAGAAGUGAAUCUGAUCAUAACUGAUUACUGUAUGCCAGGAAUGACAGGCUAUGAUCUGCUGAGAAAGAUUAAGGAAUCUAAUUCUCUUAAAGACAUACCAGUGGUGAUUAUGUCCUCAGAGAAUGUUCCAUCAAGGAUUAACAGAUGCUUAGAAGAAGGAGCUGAAGAAUUCUUUCUGAAACCAGUUCAACAAUCAGAUGUGAACAAGCUGAAACCACAUUUGUUGAAGACAAAAGUUAAGAAUGAAGAUGACCUAAUCAACAACAAAAGAAGGAUACAUAACAAUGCAAUUCCAUUGAAAAACUAGGCAAAAAAUGUAACCUAUAAAAGUGGUUAUAUUAAAAAUUGAUGAUGCAUAGGCUAGUACUUGACAUUUAACUCUUCUCUGCCUCACCAACAAAUUUGUGAGAAGAGCAUGCUGAUGAAUAGGUCAUUGAUUAAUAGUAGCUUAACUGAACAGAAACAAUUUGAUUCAAUUUUUGUCUGAUAAA